UUCAAAUAGAAUCCUAGAGAGGGGGUCUAUGUUAAAGCAAUUGCAAAGGGGGCUUCUUUCUUAAUAACAUAUGCAAACAAACAAUACUUCACCUCUCUUUCUUCUCCUUUGCCCAGUUACUGCAAACACACAAAGCCUAAAAGUACCAUGUUUAUUUAACAGAGUACCCAUCAUCCAGCACCUUGCAACCUCCACUAUUGUUUCCCAAUCAGACAUAAGAUGGAAUCGAGUUCAAAAGGUGAAGAGGAAGUUGGUUACAACAGUAGCAAUGUCAAGAAAGCGAAACUACAAUCAACACUCGCAGCUCUUCUCGAUGAUCCAAUUCUCGCUGAUGUGCCAAAGAAACCCACUUUGUCUGAUGUUGAUACUCUUAUCAACCUUGAAUUUGGCAGCGCAAUGAGAAUUUCUGUUCUCAAAUUAGACGGCACCUCUUUUGAUGUGGUAAUGAUGAAUUCGGCAACUGUUAAAGAUUUGAAGGUUGCAGUUAAGAAUAAAGUGACUGAAAUGGAGCAAUCCCAGAUGGGUCAUCGCCAUAUUUCAUGGAAGCAUGUAUGGACUAAUUUUGCUUUAUCCUAUCAGAAAGAAAAGCUGCUUGACGACAAUUCUGCGCUUCAGGAUUUUGGCAUACGCAAUAACUCGCAGGUGCAAUUUGUGCCCUAUGUCAUGACAAAGAGUUCUGGAAGGCAUUCCAAGCGGAGAAAGCACCGUUUCUUUCAUGGACUUAACAGCCGUGCAUAAGGAUGAAAGGACUUACAAUAUGCUGCUGCAGCUGUAUAGUUACUGCCUCAAUCUUCUUUCCUCACAAUUUCUUGAGAACAUUGGAAAGCAUGGGAAAGUGUCAAGGCCAUCUCACUUUGGUGCCUUUAUUAUUUGAAAAAUGGCACUGUUGUACACAAGAUGCUUAAUUUGUUAUCUUUGCUUAUCCAUGACAGGAAAACUGCUGCACUGGCAUAUGACACAUGAUCUUCACAUGAUCACAUCCUAAUGCUUCAGUCAGAUUCCGAACUGCUAUUUCUUCUUACAUUUCAUGAAGUGGCUUUGAUGAAUUAACUUGAAUACCGAGUAACUUCUAGUAGGCUUUCCCUUCUAGAUGUCAGAUGGAGUGUUUCUGAAUCAUUAAGGUUGAAAGCAAAAGAGAUGGGUUGCAUAUUUGCUAAAUGAAAUCAUGUUGUUAGACAAAUUGGCUUUAUGGGGUUCAUGCAGCAGACAUGUUCUGCAUGUCUGAAUUAGUUUCUUCAAUAUUUUAUGGCAAUUAACCAAUUAUGGUUGGUGCCUUGCAUCUUUCGGUGUAGACUGCUUUUUGUUUAUUUCACUGUGGUAAGACUUUUUUC